AUGGCUGUGAGCCUGGUGGAGACGGAUUGUGGCUUGGCCCUUUUGCGGCUGCUCAGCCGUGGGCAUGCAGUUGUCGCAGAGCUCCAGCGAUGUUCCGAAACCUUGCCAACCGCCAUCAGGGGCGAGGGCGAGGUUGCAAAGCGUCUCUCGCCGGUGCUGCCGGACUUUGCAGUUUUCCGUCGCGAGGGCGCAGUUGAGAAGGUGGCUGGCACACCAGAGCUGAUUGAACUUGAUGAGGAAAGUCGUGAAAUCAAUGCAGAUCCGGCAGAGCGCUUGUUUCGAGUCCUGUCUGCCAUACGAAAAUACUUUGCUGACCUCGCCAAGUUGCUUGAGGAUAUUGAUGUCGGCGUCUUUGUAGGGCAGAGUCAUGAGAGCAUUCUUCGCGAUUCAGCGGGUGCGGUCUUGCUCCCAGAGGCCAUUGCUUUGCUGGGAACAAUGAUCCUCAUCGUAGACGAACGCAUUUCAGGGCCGUGUCGCGAGCGCGCCCUCGUUCUCUUCUAUCGAUGCACAGCAGGCACAAGCCGGGAGUCAGAUGACUUUGCAGAUGUCUGCAGGCUUUUCAAGUCAACUGCACGGCCAGAAAGGGACAUUGAUCUGGCGGGCAGAAGGCCCGGAUACCCCGAGAGUUACUUCGCACGAUUCCCACUCCAUGAGGAUGCGGUCCGUCUCGUGCUCGGUAAGCUGCAAACCGGCGAUAUCUACGAGGCUUCAAGGCACUAUCCCUUACCUGAGCACCGGUCGCACGGCCUGUCUGCUCAAGCAGGGAUGCUCUACGUUCUCCUAUUCUUCCAAGCGAAGACGCUUGAAUCUGAUGCGAUCGCUAUGCGGGAGAUCGUAGACCGGCACUUCGGUGACGUUUGGGUCGUGGCAUAUGCGCUUGGAUACACAGCCGACCUGCUUCUGAUGUGGGCCCCCUAUCCGGCCGCACGCCAAGCGCUGAGCAAUGCGAUCACGGCAGGUACCGUGCGUCAACUCCAAGACCAGCACCUGGAUCGACUGUCCAAGACACGGUCCAAGCUUGAGGAGUACUUGGUAGAAGGUGUGUUGACAGAAGACUACGUCUCGAGCAAAGUCUCCCAGUUGGUUUCUGUGCUGCGGGAGGCCAACACCAGCAUCCGCUGGCUGCUACUUCAACCAAGCACCUUAGACUCGAAAAUCCAGGUGGUUUGCAAUAGCUCCGCGAAGAUGAAGGAGCAGCUGCUGGGCACCUUGGUCGACACAGCGCUGCUGGAGGACAAGAUCAAAGCCAUCUUGGUCCCGCUGGUAGCUCGUCGGGAUGCAGACUGGGCCCGUCAAAAGGAGGAGGCUGCCCAAGCCAUGGAUGAUCUGGCUGUGUUCUUCUCAGGGCAGCAUGCACUGCGUCGGAACGUUCGCAACAGUGAGCUGGAGGAGUUCUUCCGAAAUUUGCAGCAGAGGAUCGAGGAGCUUAGCUUCCAGACCCAGGAGGACCUUUUGGCGCUGGGAAGGAAGGUGGGCCAGAUCAACAAGGCCCUGGAAGAAGUGGCGCUCUUCCAUGAAGUCAGCCAACAGCCUCAGAUCCUGCACUUUCUCAGUGACGCGAGGCAGCUGCUGCAAAGGAUGCUUCGGACAGCCAGCCUCAGCUCAGAUGUCCUCGAAACGAUUGAGACUGUCGCGGACCUUUCUUAUGCGUGGCGGGCCUUAAGCACGUACAAGGAGGCCAUGGGCAACCUGCUUGCAGCAUCGCCCGACAGUGUGAAGGGGCUGAGAGCUCUGUUUCUCAAGCUUGCUUCUAUACUGGAAGCACCACUUCGGCGUAUCAGGCAGGCCGGCAACUCCUCGCACGCAUCCCUCGUUUCGGGGUACUACUCCAACAGGCUAGUGGAAUUCAUGCGGUCCGUCUUGCAGGAGAUUCCGUGCCUGAUCUUUCGCCUGCUUGGCCAACUUUCAACGCUCGAGUCGGCUCAAUUACCAAAGAGCUUGCCUUCCAGGAUAAGCUUGGUGGAGCUUCAAAGCUACGCGGAGAAGUGUGAAAAGGCAAGCAGUGAGGUCGGCAUCCUCACACAGCGUAUCGCUCUGCUAAUGCGUGGCAUCCGUGAAACGGAUGUGGCACUUCUCGGUGCAGUGCUGGUGGAUCCUCGGGCAGUCUUGCUCGAUGGCCUGCGGAGAGAGGUGGCUCGUCGCAUCGAGUCCUUGCUGGCAAGCUUAUCUUGGCCCUCCGCAAGCAGCCGCCAGGAUGCCGAGGCCCCACUGCAGCAGAUGGCUGCGCAGGCCUUCAAGCUCCGUCGUUCCUUUGAGCAUGUGCAGGACUACUUGGGCGUCAGUGCGCAGCAGCUCUGGCGGCAGGAAUUCGGUCGUGUGGUUCGCUAUCUCCUCCACAUGGAGGAGCACCUCUUGUUGAGGCGUCGACCGGCACCCCCCGAGUCAUCGCCUCAUCACGACGCGAGUGUUCCGAUCAAGUUUCCGGACAUUUCCAAUGGGCCGUCGGGUGGCUCCUUUAUCAGCCGCACUCUGUCCAUGCUGUCCGAGCUGACGGACCCGAAGUCCACCUCGGGCGGUUUCCACCACGAUUGGCGCAAGUGCGAUUCAAGCGGUGUGGCGACUUUGGACAGCUUGCUCCUUGAGCUGCUUAUGGAAGCCAUGGGGCCGCCGGGCAUUGCGGCCAUCUCCCGUAUGUUGGCUUUGCGAGCGGCUGGGCGGGUGCGCAAGGCUGUUUCGGGCUGCGCCGUGCUGCUGGCAAAUGCGGAAGUACAGCAGCUGGCUGCCAAGGCAAAGUCGACCCUCCAAACGACGAGAUCUGCCGCAGAGGUUCUGCGGACAUCUGCCAGCCUUCUUUCAACCCAGGUCGGUCCCCUGGGGGCGGCCUUGGCAAGCGUCGGGCAAGCGCUGCUCGUACGCCGACGCCUAGCUGCGCAGCUCAGGCUUCACAGCAGCUUGGAUGCUUCGCUGGUCAGCGAGUCUGUGGCCGUGCUGGACGGAAAUGUGCUUUUCGAGGUUUUGGACGACACAGACGAGACCGAGGUGCAGGAUGGUGAGCUGCCGAGUCUCUGGGACUUCGUUGGAGAUGGCAAGGCAGCUUCGCCAGAGGAGACGCAGCUCCGCUUCCGAAGGAAGUUGGCGCGCAUGGGGGAGUUGCCGGGCUUUGCUGACCCUCUACGUCAGCUCAUGCAAGUGGUGCCGGAAGGCUCCGCUCCGUCUGACAUGGACAUGUUGAUAGCCCUGGCUCUGGUGCAAUAUACCACCUCUGUAUCUCCGGCGGCAGCGAGCCGCAAGUCUCAAAAACGGCCCACGGCGUGGAGUGGCAAGCCGGUCCUGUCGGCCUCACCGGGCGGCUUCCGCCAAGAGGCCCAUGUCAGCUUGGGCGCGGGCCUGGCUGCACUGCUUCAGCAGCUUCCAAGGAGGAUUCUGCAAGGCACGUUCCAGAUAUGCGGGCUUUACCUGCAGAGCAUCACAUGUCACACCGUGUCCCGGCCGCGGCACAUGCUCUUGAAGUGGAACAAACUUACCUGGUAUUCGGAUGUCAUACCACAAUGCCAGGCCUGGGCAGACGGUGCUGUCAUGAUCCAGAUCCUAUCGAACUGCCUCGAGACGGGUCAGCGUUUGCGAGGUUGGUUUCACCACGGAUGUUUGUCGUUCGCAUCAGCGCUCCUGGCAGCUUCUUUUGUGUUGAUUCGCCGUUGCAUCGUUCGAUCUGUUUUUCUGCAGACAGCUGAGAAGCACCCGCUUUUUGCGAGCUCAUCGCUCUGCGCAGCGCUUCUCCACACCGCAGGUUGCCCUGAUGGACUCCAGUGGCCUGCUCACCAAGUUGUCUCUCUGGACAUCUUCGCCGCAUCUGCGACCUUGCUGCAAAGUUUGGCUUUGCACCGUGAGACCUAUACGGGGGUUGAGCAGCGCCCGGCUGUGAAGCUUAGCUUUGCAAGGAACAUGUCGCUGCAGAAAGGCCGUCGGGUCGUUGCACGUCUGCUCGCGUCCAUCGUGCAUGUCAGAGAUCAAGCAAAGCAGCCAGCUUGCCAGGUCCGCGACAUGGUUACCGAGGUGAUGUUCGUUGUUGGACGCCUGCGAACACGAAGAAGCUGUGGACAGCUCGCACAGCAGGCCCGAGUCUGCAAGAUCACAGCAGAAGUGAUGUGGCUUUGGAGUGCUUUGCUCAGAAAAGGAGGCGUCGUGUUGGCCUUCUCCUACAAUAACCCGAACAUGCUGCGGCUUGCGCCCAGUCUCGUUGGCCUGUGUGCAGCACUCGUGUGGCGCAACGCGACCUGGGAUCACCUUGCAUUAUGCUGUCGUGGCAAAAUGCCAGGCCCGACCAGGCGUGGCGAAGCCUUUCUAGCUGGCUGCUAUCGGAGGCUUCACUUCCAGGACAUAACUUUGCAGCUCGGUGUGCGGCUGACCGGAUUGCCACGCCUUCGCCCAGCCAACCUUGGGGCUCUGGUGGAGCACUAUCAUCGAACAGGCGAUGCUCUUGUGCCCAUGCUGCAGCUGCAGGAUGCGCUCACUGGCAUCAAUAUUGAUGGCCUUGAGAUCUGCGCGCCUGCAAUGAUACUUGCGAAGCUUCUGGAGGUUGAGCGGGACAGUCUUUCAGUAAGGCCGGCUUUGACAAGGUCCCGGCUAGCUGCGCUGAAGCAUUUCUGGUUCAGCUUGCAGCGAGAAGGCUUUGGUGCGCAAGCACUGGCCUGGGAGAACGCCACUUUGCCGGUGCCAAGGCGCUCAGGAUCCUUGCCUGUCUCCGGUGAUCAAGUUCCCAAGCAUUGGUUGAACCUGACAGCGGCCAGCAUCUAUCGGAGUCUUCAUCGCAUUGAUGCACAGGUCAAGCAGUGGACCUCUGUGGCAGCUUUACGACGAAGGGUCGGCUUUAAGGUGAACGUGGUGAUGCCCUUUUGCGCCCGAGCAGACGGAGAGUAUCUGCCGCAGCUGGAGUCUUUGAUUCUGCAGGAGUCGCUGCCUCUAACCGAGGUUGUCGACCUAUACAUCUACGAUAUUUGCUAUGCCUUCUUCGAUGUCAGCAGUUCUGCCUACAGCCUGGAAAAUGAGGCAGAGGUGGAAAUCGAUCUCUCCUCCGGCUCAGAGCGCGCAGGAUCGUCCCAUUCUCUGGUGGCUUUAUCGUCCUCAUUGCUGCGGGUGGCCAAGUACUUCAGGCGUGCUUUCGUCAUCCCCUUCCAUGAGGAGAUACCUACUGGUGAGGUGUCCCCGAAUCUCCAUCAUGUCGCGCAGCACUAUGACGAUCUGCCCGACUUCAUGUUGUUCAUCCAUGUGGAUGUGUACGAGCACGUGGAAGUCCCGGCAUUGGUGUCAGUCCUGAACUCUUUCGCGCUGAGGCUUUGGCCGCGGGAGCUGCCCUUCCUGCAUUUGGGCCGUCGGCACAGUGGGCCCAUCGAUGCGUCAGGACGAGUGCGUUCGGAGAUACGAUCGUACUGCCGAAUGCGAGCACCCAGGGAGGGUAUGCAGCGGAAGACAGCUCCAUCCAUCUUCCGAGGAGACUCCGUCCUGGAGCGCUACACGGUUCGUACACCCUCAGGCUGGUACUGCCAGUGGGUGGAGUUGGCUUGGGAGCUGCUUUUCCACCAGCCACCGCAGCUUCCGGAGGACGACUACGGCGGCUAUGACUACGGUCAGUUCGUGGCCAGCCGGGAGGCCGCAAAGGCCAGGCCAAAGGCGUUCUGGCAAAAUGGAUGGCGAGCUCUGUGUAGUGGCAGCAAUUACCGGCUCCUUCUCGGAACAAAGUUUCUGUCUUGGAAGGACCUGACAGCAAUGGAGAGGACCAAGGAGGAGAAAUUCACCUGGUUCGGCUUCCACAAGGGGUUGGAAAUGGCCUUCGAGCACCUUUGGCACGUGGUCUUCCACCCAGAGGCUGCGACCUGGCUCUGGCCCAGCAGGCUGAGGGAUCCAUCACUUCCUCUUGGACUAAAGUUUGCCAUGAAUGGUGACCCGACGCUGCUUCGAUUCUACCGAUGGACUCCCCACGAUCCGCUUUAG